CGCCGCGCGCCCCUGCGCGCCCCACGCUCCGCGCUGCGCUCCGGGCCGGUCUCGAUAACGUUAAUCCAGAGCAAGUGAUAGCUGCUAUUAGCAGACGACUAGAACCGGAGUACAGAAGAGUUUUGCCUGGAAUUGGUGGGAUUUUUAAGCAAGUUGCACAAGAAAAAUCAGCCUUUGCAUCCACGGCCUAGGCCCCUACAGGUGCCAUGACGCAGCAGCCCCAGGAGGGCUUCGACAGGAGCGUGGAGGAUGCCCGGGAGUGGAUGAAGGCCAUACAGGAGCGACUGCAGGUCAAUGACAACACCCAGGGACCCCGCGCGGCGCUGGAGGCCCGGCUGCGAGAGACCGAGAACAUCUGCCGGCUGGAGCCCGAGGGCCGCGUGAAGGUGGACAUGGUGCUGCAGGCGGCCGAAGCCCUCCUGGCGUGCUGCCGCGAGGACCAGAAACCCGAGAUCCUGGCCCAGCUGAGGGACAUCAAGGCCCAGUGGGAGGAGACGGUCACCUACAUGACUCACUGCCACAGCCGCAUCGAGUGGGUGUGGCUGCACUGGAGCGAGUACCUGCUGGCCCGGGACGAGUUCUACCGCUGGUUCCGGAAGAUGACCGUCACGCUGGAGCCCCAGGUGGAGCUGCAGCUGGGCCUGAGGGAGAAGCAGUGGCAGCUGAGCCACGCCCAGGUGCUGCUGCACAACGUGGAGAACCAGGCCGUGCUGCUGGACCGGCUGCUGGAGGAGGCGGCCUCCCUGUUCAACAGGAUCGGGGACCCCAGCGUGGACGGGGAUGCCCAGAAGAGGAUGAAGGCCGACUACGACGCGGUGAAGGCCAGGGCCCAGGAGCGGGUGGACCUGCUGGCCAGCAUCACCCAGGAGCAUGAGCAGUACCAGGCCAGUGUGGACGAGUUCCAGCUGUGGCUGAAGGCCGUGGUGGAGAGGGUUCACAGCUGCCUGGGGCGGAACUGCCAGCUGACCACAGAGCUCCGCCUGGCUGCCCUGCAGGACAUCGCCAAGGAUUUCCCCAGGGGCGAGGAGGCUCUGGGGAGGCUGGAGGAGCAGGUGCCGGGCGUGGUGGGGCACACCUCCCCCCUGGGUGCGGAGAGGCUCACUGCAGAGCUGGAGGAGAUGCGGAAGGUUCUGGAGAAGCUGCGGGCGCUCUGGCGGGAGGAGGACGGGCGGCUCCGCGGCCUGCUGCAGUCCCAGGGCGCCUGUGAGCAGCGCAUCCGGCGGCUGGAGGCCGAGCUCGGGGAGUUCCGGGAGCGCCUGGAGAGGCUGGGGCAGCCGGGCCUGGAGCCCCCGGCGCCCGGGGCCACGGAGGACCAGCUGGUGGCGCACUGGAGGCUCUGCUCGGCCACGAGGACCGCGCUGGCCUUGGAGGAGCCUCGUGUGGACCGGCUACAGGAGCAACUGAAGGAGCUGCUCAUCUUCCCCGACCUGCAGCCGCUCUCUGACCGGGUGGUGGCCGCCAUCCAGGAUUAUCAGAGCCUGAAGGCGACGAGCACCCGGCUCCGCCACGCCGCCGGGGCGGAGCUGUGGCAGCGUGUCCAGCGGCCCCUGCGCGAUUUGCGGCUGUGGACGGCCCUGGCCCAGCGGCUCCUGGAGGUCACGGCCAGCCUGCCAGACCUGCCCUCCAUCCACACCUUCCUGCCGCAGAUCGAGGCGGCCCUGGUGGAAAGCUCUCGUCUGAAGGAGCAGCUGGCUGAGCUGCCGCUGAAGGCCGAGCUUCUGGACGGCGUCUUCGGGCAGGAGCGGGCGCGGGCGCUGCUGGAGCAGGCGGCGGGGGCCCUGCGGGACAGGGACCUGCUGCACAACCGCCUGCUGCAGAGGAGGAGCAAGCUGCAGAGUUUGCUGGUCCAGCACAAAGACUUUGGGGCUGCUUUUGAACCUCUGCGGAGGAAGCUCUUGGACCUGCAAGUCAGGAUGCAAGCGGAGAAGGGGCUCCAGCGGGACCUUCCUGGAAAACAGGCCCAGCAUUCGAGGUUGCAGGCACUGCAAGAAGAAGGGCUGGAGCUGGGAGUCCAAAUAGAGGCUGUGAGGCCCCUCAUUCAGGAGAAUUCCAACCACCAGCACCAACUGGACGGGCUCUCUUCUGAUCACCAGACCCUACAGAGGGCCCUGGAGGACCUGGUGGACGCGUGCGGGCAGAGCGUGCGGGAGCACCGCGCCUUCCGCCACCAGCUGCUGGAGCUCCGACAGUGGAUGGCCGCGGUCACGCCCACGCUGGCAUCGCGCCGGGCACGGGCAGGCUCGGGGGAGCCCGCGCCCCACGAGGCGGAGAGGCUGCUGGCCGAGCUCCCAGGCAAGGAGGCCCAGCUGCCCCUGGUGGAGGGGCUGGGCCGGCUGGCGAUGGAGAAGUCUUCCCCGGAGGGGGCUGCUGCCAUCGGCGAGGAGCUCCGGGAGCUGGCCGAGGCCUGGCGGGCCCUGAAGCAGCUGGAGGAGGCGGUGCUGAGCAGGGACUGGCAGCUGCAGGUGACGCCGCCGCCGGUGGAUUCGGGCAGGAAGCUGAUUUUUACCAACAACAUUCCCAAGUCCGGCUUCCUGGUCAACCCCGGGGACCCCGUUCCCAGGCGGCGGCGUGGGGUGGCCCUGCUGGAGGAAGGGGAGGGCGGCCGUGAGGAUUUCUCCCGGCUACUCGGGAGCUUCAAGCAGUGGCUGCAGGUGGAAAAUUCCAAGCUGAUCCGGAUGAUGGCGACGAGAACCACCGCAGCCCAGGACGAGAGGACCAGGGAGACAAAGCUGCAGGAGCUGGAGGCUCGAGUCCCCGAAGGUCAGCAUCUCUUUGAGAAGCUCCUUCGCUUGGGCCCAGCGGAGGACCGUUCCGAUGAGCUGGAAGACGUGCGCUACCGCUGGAUGUUGUACAAGUCCAAGCUCAAGGACUCGGGCCAGCUCCUGACGCAGAGUUCUCCUGGGGGGCCGGCUGGAAUCCAGAAGACCCAGCGAUGGCGGCAGCGGCGUCGGGACCCCCGUGCUCUCCUGCGGAAGGCGUGCCGCCUGGCGCUCCCGUUGCAGCUCUUGCUCCUGCUCUUGCUGCUGCUCCUCUUCCUGCUCCCGGCCGGAAACGAGCGGCGCAGCUGUGCCCUGGCCAACAACUUCGCCCGCUCCUUUGCGCUCAUGCUGCGCUACGACGGCCCCCCACCCACCUAGCCCACCGAGGCACCCAGGUGAGGGACCUUCUGCGGCCUCCGCGGUGGCCCGGGCUCCUUUGGGGGCUCCCUGCUGGGAACAGGGACCGGCUAGAGAGCGCAGAUCCGCCGCCGCGUGGAUGUCUCUCUCCCUCGGGUUGCCGGGGCAGACUAACUUUUGAUACGGCGUUCGUGGUCUUUGUCUAUCUAUACCGAAUGUAUUCCGCGCGUUGAGGAUCUCACCCGCUCUGUUUGAGGCGCUCGUGUGACCGUUUCGUGGGUGAUGUCUAUUUGUAGAUGAGCAUUUCCUGUGUGUGUCUCCGGGGGGAUGUCACGGUGGUACGCCAGCCAUCAGCCCCGGAACACAGGGACCAUAACCCACCUCUUCGUUGGCAACUUCUUACCCAGAAACCCUAGGGCAAAGCCAGAUGUUAGGGAAAGGUAUCUGAGCUGUCAGCCUGCGAUGCAGAGCCCAGGCCCGAUUUACCAACAGUGAGCGCACACCUGGCCAGGUCAAUUCUGCAAAGCUCGAGAGAUUCCGUGCCGUGGAGCAGAUGCAGACACAGUGCUGGGCUUGGCCCAUCAUGGACAGACACGGAUCCUUCUCGCGAACUUGCCUUGGCUUUCUGUGGCCCUUGGCCUGUGCGGAUAAUUUUGUCGGGGCCGCAAAUGACAUUAUAAAUAUCCAGAUGAUCCUCGACAGAAAAGCAGGUUCCCCACCCCGCUAGGGAAGGUGGUUAGAUUUGGGUCUCUGGGUUUUGUUCCUGCAGAAAAGGAAAGGUUUCUUAUUUCCUCGCAGAAAGGUGGAACCCACUCAGCGUUGGCCCUGGGCAGCCCUGGGCAGAGCCGUGCCCCCUCGCCUGCUGUCAGGCUGAGGGCAGAGGGGGCAUCGGCUGGUCAGGGGCCAGGGAUGGAUGCCCAAGACAGAGGGGAGAGACUCAGCCUGGGGGCGGAGCCUGUCUCAGGGCAGGCUGUCUUCCCACAGAGGGCUUAGGCCCACUGGCCACGAAUACCCCCCACAUUCCUACCCUACCUGGAACCACAGGGCUGGUGCCUCCAGCUAGGGCUGGGCCGGGCGGGCCCCAGGCAGACCUGGGAAGAGACCAGUAGGACUCCAGGUUGGGCCUUUUAAGAUGGCGGGCAGUUUCUCCCUCUCCAAGGGAUUCUGGGAUAGCUCCUAAGUGCUUUAAAACUGGAUCGUGUGUUUCCUAAACUGACAAUCUUUUUUUUUU